AUGCGACAUGGUAGUGAAUCCCGCGUCGUCGUUUUUUCAAUUGUCUGCCUGAACUCCUUACGCGUGUCUGCAAAAAAUGGCUCCACCGGUCGAAUUCAACUGAUUCAGCACAGAGGCUGGCUAAGGAAACAGGGCGGUAAAUUUCGCACCUGGAAACGACGUUUCUUUGUUCUACGUCAAGGAUGUUUGGAGUACUACGCAGACUCGGAACAGAUUCGCCUUCUUGGGUCUUUUAAAAUCGGCCCCCCUGAAAUAAUGGAAGUGGUAACGUGUGAAACCGACGUCACUGCCGACGACAAAACCUUCAACUUCAUUGUUAAAAAGUCAAGAGCCUGGGGCUCCGAUCAGAAGCAAGUGCUGAUUUUGAGCGCGUCCUCGGCCAACGAGCGUAGGGAAUGGAUUCGUGCACUCAGGAAGCAGCUUUACUUAAAGCUAGGUGGUGGGAUCUUUGGAACACACUUAUCCGAGGCGUUUGCCUUCACGUCGCCAGAGAUGAAGUAUGUGCCUCGGGUUGUUUUUCAAACAGCAGAAUUUAUCCGCCAAAAUGGCUUGACAGCAGAUGGCAUUUUCCGGAAAUGCGGGGCACGUCACGUGAUCGACGAGCUGUGUGAGGCCUACGACACCGCCCAGCCCGAUCCCAUCCUCCGCGUCGGCGAACACGACGCCCACGCCGCCGCCGGAGUGCUGAAGCAGUACCUGCGGGAGUUGCCCGAACCCGUCAUCCCCUACCGCCAGUACGAUCGUCUCAAGGCCACUGGAUACCUCAUUGACGACGGACAGGACCUGAAGCCAAUUAUUGAUCAGCUUGAAUGUCUGCCUGCCCCGAACUACCGCCUUCUCCAAUUCAUUUGUCAGUUAUUAUCUGAGGUUGCCGGACACAGCGAGGAGAACCGAAUGACAGUGGAAAAUUUGGCCAGCAUCUUUGCUCCCAAUAUCCUGCGUCAUGCAGAUUACGACCCAGACAUUGAGAUGUCAGCCACACCUGUGAUCACCUUGACAAUCGCCGGCUUCAUUCGCCGCCACGAGGAGCUCUUCCGUUGUGAGCUCCUGCAUUUCGCGCAGCUUCAGACCGCCGCCCUGGCCGCCAACUCGUCGGCUCAAGUGCUGCGGCAGAACUUCUCCGAGCCUCCCGAAGGCUCUCCCGGCCGGUCGCCGCAUUCCACUUGGCACAAAUCAGGAAGCCUCACGGACUCGUCGAAUUCGCAUUCUCCGAAUCAGAUUUGGUUCCCCCAUGAAAGAUGUCGCUCCCGGAUUCCGUCGCGCCAGCUAACCAUCGCGACCUCGUCCCCAAGCCGCAGAUUCAACGGCCGAACCUCUUCGGGGGAACGCGGCUUCUCCUCAGGUGGCUCUCAUGCCAGUCUCCGGGUCCCCAAAAAUUACUCACCUUCCCCCGUCGGCAGAAACGGUAGUGGCAACAGGGAGGGAAGUGGUGGACUGCUUGGGGAGGUAGAGUUGGCGGACGGCGCGGAGCAGCUGCGCUACUGGCGCUCCGUCGCGCUGGUGGCGCGCGCCGAAGCGGUGUGCGAGCGCGCCCGGUCGCAGGCGCUGACCUCGGAGCUGGCCCGCGCCCGCUGCGACCUCGACAUGGCCGAGGCGGAGCUGGGGCUCCUGCGCAAGCGCCUCGCCCUCCUCGAGUCCACACUGGCGCGUCGCGACACCCCGACUGACGGCGCAUCCGCCCUUCAAUAG